UGCUGCUCUAUGCCUUUGUGUAGAUGGACGAAAAAAGAAAGGUAACUCUUGUGUACAAAACAUUGAAGUGGACACUAGUGGUCUUGAGACCAGCUCACAGUACCAUUUCAAGAUUAUUCUAACUAAUGAAUCACGAUGCUGGGAUGGGAAGAUGAAAUGGAAUGUGAGCAUCGUGAAAUGUGAUGAAAAUCGCAGGUUGGCAAGAGCUUCCUUUGACAGGCCGGAGGGUUAUCUGUGCCCUACAGCCAAGUGUCAGAGAAUCAGAGCUGGAGGGGUCAGCUCUGCUCCUGUGAAUACCCCUCCUGUUGAAAUUGAUGUCUAUAUUUCUUUACAUGUCUUUGACACCAGUGGUCUUCACCUUGCCAUCCAGUCAGAUAGACGUGUGAAGUCAUGGAACCUGACCAUCUUGGAGUGCCUUGAGGACUUGAAUUGCUUUGAAAGGAAAGUUAUAAGUGAUACAGGCAAUCACAGUGUUAUAUCAAUAAAAGAGAAAUUUCUGUUGGAUACUUGUUACAGGUUCAAGUUGGAAAUAAACAGCAUUGGCAUCUGCAAAGUGUGGGCACCUGGAAAAAUGUUUACAUUGCCUUCUGGAUGUCAUCCACAAAUCCCCAAAACAUUGAAAACUUCAGAAUGGGUGGUAGGCAGAAGACUGAGCUGGUGGAUGGUGUCCCUUGGAGUUGUGCUGGGAGUUGUAUUCCUUGUCUGCAUGACACUGCUGAGUUUUUUUGUCAGGAAGUAUCUGAAGAAUGUAGCUAUGUCGAGAGGCAUGUGUGAAAAUUCAGGAGUAGCAUUGGAGAGGGCAAGGAAGCACAGACUGGGAGCAGUCCUCAUCUUGUACACCCAGGACAGUGAGCCUCACAUUGCCAGGGUGACACAAUUGAUAUCGAGGCUGAAGAAACAUAUUUGCCAGGUGUAUGACAUCUUUGAUAACAGCAAUCAAGAGAAAUUGAGUAAUCCUUCAUGUUGGCUUCAAGAAAUCAUUUCCACACCUUCCUUGAAGAUUGUGUUGGUGGUGUCUACUCAGAUCUUGGAUUACUUCCGUGCCAUCCUUACCACUUGUGUUCCUUCAGCUGAACAGCAUAGCUGGUCUAAUGCAGAUUACAAUAACCGCCUUCUGUUAGCAGCAGUCAAGCAUCUCUUUGAUAAAGAGCUUGUUUUGAAUUACAACAGAGUAUUUAUUGUGAGCUUUGGUAAGAUAGAAUUGGGCAGGGAGUGCAGUCUGCUUGUGGAGAGCCGUCGCUAUAUCUUGCCGCAGCACCAGGAUGCUCUCAUUACUGAUGUCAUGAAGGAAAGCACACACUGCUCUUCAAAUUCUUAACUAAACACAUUUAGUAAGUGUUUUUUUUCUUCUUUUGUUUGUUUUGCACUCGAUAAUGU